AUGGUAAACAAAAUUGAGAGGUUAAUAAAAGCCCUAUUAUGUACAGUAAAAUAUAUAAAAGUAUAUUUUGCCAAUUUUUACUUUUCACCCUUGUGUUCGUUUGUAUUUUACAAAAAUUUUGUGAAAUGUAAAUUUUCAGAAUUUUGGAUUGUUGAUAAUGAUGUAGACAAUGCGAAAAGUAAUUACACCCAUAUAGCACUUUUUUGUGACUGGGCUAAAUUUAUUAGAACAAGUGAAAACUUGGCAAAGGAGAAUAAAACGCUUAGCCACAAGUGCUCUAACCUUUCUAGGCCAAUCGAUAUUAGAAAAAAUAAGCACACUGCGGAAUACAGAACAACAUUAGAAGGAAUAUUCUUCACAGAAGAACAAAAAAGAAAUAAGGUGCGACUCACCAAUUUUGGAAUUGGUCAUAUUUUGAAGGACCAGGCAGCUAGUUAG